GUGGGAGGCAGAGUGAUGUGCGAAAGACAGAGUGAACUGCAUCCCAGAGCAACAUGGGACAGUGAAGGAGAUGGAAAGAUAGAAAGAGAUGAGAGGUUGGAGCAUGGAAUACAACUGGUGGUGAUGGCUGAAGAGGUUGCCGGCAAAUGCUGAGCGGACUGACAGUGACAUUGUGGAGCGAGGGUGGGAUUUAUUGUGCCGGAACGACAUAAUCAUUUCAAUUCUCCCGGUAAUAACAGGAAAUACUUGAGAACCACAGGUGGAAGAUCGGCUUUGGAACUACGGCGCAAAAAGAGAAUGAAAAAGUGGACGCUGAAGAUUUGGAGAGCAUCUGGACAUCAUUUCACGUUUGGUAGCCAAUAUAGUGCAGAAAACCGUGCUCACUUUUCUAUCUAAGACUCAGUUCCAUUUGCAAUUUUUUUUGAAAGUGCUGCACAGAUUAAUUAGCAUGAGAACAAUGUGUGUGAUCUAAAAAAAAAUAAUUGAUAAAGUUAAAUUCAAAAACCUGUGACAUCAAGAUGCUAUACAUCACCACCGAUGGUACAGUAAUGGAGGCUCGACACUGGCAGAAAGGAUGGGAUUACCAGUUGGUACAACUAAUGCAUACCGCCAGGUUGGAAAUCCUGCCAAGAUGUUUGAAUCAUGUGGCCCACUGAGAGCAUGGAGCCAGCGAUAGCACCCAGCAAGAGAAGCUUGUUCAGCAAGGUGGAUGUGCCCGACCAUGCUCACUAUGUCUUCGCUGUCUUUGUCUUUGUUAUUGGGGCACUCGGCAUCACUGGGAACGCCCUGGUUAUGUUUGCUUUCUACAGCAACAAAAAGCUGCGUAAGCUGCCUAACUACUUCAUCAUGAACUUGGCGGUGAGCGACUUCCUCAUGGCUUUCACACAGUCUCCCAUCUUCUUCAUCAACUGCCUCUACAAAGAAUGGAUGUUUGGAGACAUGGGAUGUAAGAUCUAUGCUUUCUGUGGUGCCCUUUUUGGCAUUUCUUCCAUGAUAAACCUUCUGGCCAUCUCGAUUGAACGGUAUCUGGUGAUCACCAAACCACUGCAGACCAUGCAUUGGAGCUCCAAACGGAGAACAAUUUUUGCCAUCUUUCUCAUCUGGUUUUAUUCUUUGGCUUGGAGUCUGGCUCCUCUUGUUGGCUGGAGCUCCUAUAUCCCAGAGGGCCUGAUGACAUCUUGCACAUGGGAUUAUGUUACAUAUACAGCAGCUAACAGAAGCUACACCAUGAUGCUCUGCUGUUUUGUCUUCUUUAUCCCACUUGGAAUCAUCUUUUACUGCUAUCUUCGAAUGUUUCUUUCUAUACGAAAGACUGGAAGGGAGGUUGAGCGUUUGGGCACUCAGGUCAGAAAAAGCACUCUUAUCCAACAGAAGUCCAUCAGGAGUGAGUGGAAACUGGCAAAGAUCGCCUUUGUUGUCAUUGUGGUGUAUGUACUCUCCUGGUCACCGUACGCCUGUGUCACAUUGAUUUCCUGGGCUGGUCAUGCCAACAUAUUGUCUCCAUACUCCAAGGCUGUCCCUGCAGUAAUUGCAAAGGCCUCCACAAUCUAUAACCCAAUUAUCUACGCCAUCAUACACAACAAAUACAGGAUGACUCUGGCAGAAAAAGUGCCCUGUCUGUGGUUUUUGUUUCCGGCUCCCAGGAAGGAAUGCCUGUCCUACUCCAUCAGCGAUUCCUCUCUCAGGGACUCCAUCAUCAGUAGACAGUCCAACACUUCCCGGACUCAUUUCCUCAACGCUUUGCCCAACCGCAUCGAUAUGGUAUUGAAGGAUGUAGAGCUGGAACAUCUUCAGAGGAAGUCAGGAGACUCCUUCAAAAGCAUGUCAUCAUACAGGCAGUCAUACAGAGGCAGGUCCUAUAAGAGGCCAUCUGAGCAGAAGGUAUUUAACAAGUACACACCAGCAAAGCAACCACCUGCUAUGAGUGACCCACUGAGGACCCACAACCAUGACCUGGUUUCCAGCUCGCUGACCAUCGCCACUCUGCCGUUACUUGUUCUCACCAGGAGGCGGAGUGAGAGUUUGACCGAUGAGAUUUUACACACAUGCAACGAGAAAAGUGACGUCAGAGAUCGGCUAAACAGCCAGAAGAGCAGCUCUUUUGAUUCCCUGAAUCUCGGGAAUAAACCCUUUGCUGAUCCCAGGUCGCCUCAGAGCAUUCCUCGCAUAAUUGUUAUCAGUCCCACCUCUGAAAGCGGCAUCAUCAAUCAAGAUGGCGUCCGAUUAGAAGACAGCAUCGAGGCAAUGGACAGCAACGUUUUUGUUAGUCUAAACUUCUCAACGGAAGUAUUUGAGGCAGUGAAACUACUCUCUUGACCACAUGGAUAUAUACAUGUUUAAUUUUGGACUAAAAGACAAUCAAAUGGACAGAGGUCAAGUUCCUAUCCUUUUUUUCCCAGCGUGUUGAACUGUGAUCUCUCCUUUGCCACCGAAACGGCAGAGCAUAAGAAAUUUGGGAAAUUAAACAAAGUAUACCGUUUCUUGUGUAAAGUUCUCUUUGGCUGGGAAAGAUGUACCUACAAAGGGUUGCUGCAUGUUUUCUCACAAAAAAAAAAAAAACAAUAAUGUUUUUCAUAGCUUGAGACAGUAUGUCACAGUUAAUGUUUGUCUGGUGAAUCGUGAUGUGGAUCGAAAAAUCUUUGGAAAAGUCUUCUGUUAUUCAUAAAAUCUGACAUUGCAUUGAAAUUAGUGGCAGGUAAGAAAAAGGGAGCUAUAACGACGAAAGAGUUUUGUUCUGCUUUACUCCUUUAAAUCAGAAAGGAACUGAAGGAAGGCACAGCAAUAACAUGCUGUAACCACGUGCUUAAGCGAAGAUAUUCAGUUUCAUCUUGUUAUACUAGUUUCCGUAGGCCACAUGGACCAGGUUUAAACUGGCAACAGUUCAGCGGUGUAAUGAAAAGCAAAGCCGUUCAAACCCUCAGGAAAGGUAGGAUAUCUCCCAUAAAACCAUGACAUUUCUUUCUGUGCUCAACGCUCUGAUACUACCCUGUAGCAGAUGGGCAACUGGUGCAACUCGGCAAAUUAGAAUCCCAUGAAAAACGUACCUUAUUUCAGGAAUUCAGUUCAAAAUGAGAAAAUGUGUUAUAAAGGUUCUGCAUGCAUAAAGGUGCUGGGGGUUUCUUCCUGUUAAAGGGGAUCUCUGAUUCUCCCUGCUGUCACAGUCAUGCUCAGGAUGAGGGACUGCUGCAAAAGAUUAGAACAUGAUAUAAUGGCCUGUUCACAAUUAGAAUCUAAAACUAAGUAGGUAAACUAUAACAUUGUGAUAUAGAAGUGUUGGCCUACAUGAGACUGUUGACACCCUCCUCAAGGAAGGUAAGUCCCAAAGUGUGUUUGUUAAAGAAGCUGGACGCUUACAGAGUUGUGUAUCGAAGUAUAAUAACAGAAAGUUGUGUCGAAGGCAAAAGUUUUGUAGAAAAUUGUGAAACCCACUUGGAUAACCACAGCUUUCAGAGGAAAGUGAAGCAAAUCAAAUUUAGUGGUUCGAAGCCUUCCUUUCAGAUGAAACUUUCACAUGGAAACCAAGGACCCCGUCUGGAGAAACAGUUGAGAGGUUUCUUUGGGCCCCAUGAGAAGUUUCCAACGUCAGAGAUGAUUUAGAGAGCAUGUGUCGUCCACUGGUGUUGGUCCAGCGUCUACUAUCAAGUCCAAUAUCAGAGUAGCCAUCUACCAGGAAGUUAUGGAGCUCAUUAUGCUUUUCUCUGCGGACAAGCUUUAUGCAGAUGCUGACCUAACUUCCAGCAGGACUUGGCACUUUUCCCACAAUAACAAAAAAGUACAAACUGACCACGUCAUGACCCUGUUUGAUUAGCCUACAAACUAGCCUGAUUCAAACCCCACUUAGGAUCUACGGAGUAUUGUCACGGAGAUGACAAGAGACACGGGAUCUAGUACCGCAGAUGAGCUGAAGGCUGCUAUCAAAGCAACCCAGGUUUUCUCAACACCUCAGCGGAACCACAGGCUGGUCACCACGCUGCACUGAUGCAUUAAUUCAUGCAGAAGGAGCAACAAGCAAGUGUUGAGUACAUAUAUGGGGCAGGUGUCUAUCUCCAGUAUUUUUUGGAAAUAAAGUAGCUUUUUAUGGGAUUCCAACUUACUGGAUUGCACAUGUAUAUUAUCUAAAGUCAGUUUAAUUUUAUUGAAGACGAAAAGGGAGCCUAAACCAAUCAAAUACCCUUUUUUAUAAAAAAGUCAAGUGGGGCUUUUUGUUUUGUGAUUGUGUCAACAGGCUGAAUAUUUAAAAUUAAGAAAAGGAAACCUGAACAACAAUUUACUGAGAAAAAUAUAUAAUUUUGUUGCGUAAUAUCAAUUUGUUUCAGCCCCUUUUGUUGGGAAAAUAUUAUACUUAUGUUAAUAAAUGUUACAAUAGCUUUGCACUCAAAGGAAAUAACUUAUAACUUUUAUUUUUUAAUAUGAUUCACAAGAAUGCUUUCUUUACAUUAAAACUGGUAUUCUUCUUUAUUUACCAUUAUGGAAACAUGUGCAUGUUUAAUUAAAACUAAAGGCUUCAUUUCUGGCCCAAAGCAGCUGCAGUAGCUUCAGUAAGUUCUCCAGUUCAUUAUGUCAUUUGGAGACAUUCCUUUAAAAAGCCUAAGCAACAAAGUAGCACCGCAGGAUGCAGUCCACUCCCUCAAAUUAAAUUAGAAUGGUGCCAAUUUAAUUAUGUUGCUUUUACAAAGCAUGCCAUCAAUAAAAAAUACUACAAAGAUGUACAUUUAUGUCAUGGUUGAGUUACAUUACAGUUGGUUGUGGUUGCUUUUCUUACACAUAAAAUGCUACAGCUAUGAAAAUGGUUGAUAUUUCUUUGGCUGUCCUGUAAAAUGUCAAUAUAUUGCAUUGCAAAUACCUUUUCUUUAGCAACAGUGUAACCACGUUUAUGGAUGCGAUUCAGACAGUUCACAUACAGUGUCCUCUGAUACCUGUUUGUUCUCAUCAAGUAUGAGUUAUAACCUUCACAUCCAAAGCCCAUUAUGGUCAUUUCAUUGCAUUUAUAGUUGGUGUUCAUUUUUAAUAUUGAGUAUCAUCUGGAGCUAAUUUGAAAAUGUUGCAGAUAUGUUGAAACGUUUAUUUCACCAAUUCACAUCCAUACAGGUCAACUGAAUAAUACAUUUCUGUAUGUAAUAUCUUUUAGUGUAAUAAAAAUAUUGUUUUACUGUAAAUUUAAA